UUGUAUUAUAUUAUAGAUAAUAUAAUAUAUAGUCAAUUUAAAGUAACUUACACAGUUUAUGAUUUACUCUUUUUAAAGUUAUUAGAAAAUGGGGAUUUUCAAAUUAAAGAUGUGGCAAAAGAAGAUGAAGGUGAUUAUACAUGUUAUGCAUCUAAUAAGUUUGGAGAUGAAGAAGCAAUGGGAAGAUUAGAAGUUAAAGUUAAAACAAAAAUUUAUCAAGCUCCAAAAAAUUUUGAAGUUGCUGCUGGAAAAUCUGCUACAUUCCGCUGUGAGGCUGAAGUAGAUCCCAAUCUUAAGCUUCAGAUUGAGUGGUUAUUUAAUGAUAAGCCUAUUGACUUUGAUCAGGAUGCUCGUAUUAUUCAAUCAUCUGAUAAAUCAUUAACAAUCACAAAAACAGUAGAAUUAGAUUCUGGAACAUAUACUUGUAUUGCUAAAACUUCCUUAGAUGAAGAUCGUGCUUCAGCAAUGCUCAUUGUUCAAGGUAAAAUACUUAAUUUUAUAAAUUUAUAUUUUAUUUAUAAUUAUCAUUGA